UUGAGCGUGCAUGGAUCGAAUGAGCGAAGCUGUGAGUCUUGGCACGCCUUACUCAUCCACGGCCGCCCGCUGCGACUGGCCAGCGUCCAAGUCGCAGCCGGUGCCUGGCGCAGCAUCAUCGUGCAUGUGUGUGUACGAAAUUCUUAGUAGGCUAUAGACUGCUGCCGCCUUCACUGCUGAUGCUGCUUUUGAUGAUCUUGAUGUGGCUAACCAGAUAAUAUUCGUUGCGCCCGAGCAGCCUCAUAGCUGUCAUAGACUCGCCCGCGCCUGCGACUCCCCAGCUCUCACCACCGCCAUGUCGUUCAAGCCCGCCCUCGUUAUCGUCGACGUGCAGGAAGACUUCUGCCCGCCAAACGGCGCCCUGGCCGUCGCCGGCGGACGCGACAUUGUGCCGGCCAUCAACGAGCUGUUGGCGCUGCCCUUUGCGCUGCGCGUUGCGACCAAGGACUUCCACCCGCCCGACCACAUCUCGUUCGCCUCGACCCACGCGGCGCCCAACAACCAGCCAUUCGUCUCCAAGGCCACCAUCACCAACCCGCUAAACGCCGCCGAGACGCUGGAGACGCAGCUGUGGCCCGACCACUGCGUGCAGGGCACCGCGGGCGCUGAGCUGCUGCCGGAGCUCGACGUUGCGCGCGUCGACUGCGUGGUGGAGAAGGGCCAGGACCGCCGCGUUGAGAUGUACUCUGCGUUUGCCGACCCGUUCCCGAGUCACUGCGCGCAGAGCGACCUGGCGGCCACGCUGAAGCGCGCCGGUAUCACGGAUGUCUUCGUUGCCGGGUUGGCCGCCGACUACUGCGUGCGCUUCACCGCGCUCGAUGCGCAGAAGCACGGCUUCAAGACAUGGGUCAUAGGCGAGGCCACCAAGGCAGUCGAUCCGUCGUCGCUGGACGACGUCUACAGAGGGUACGACGAGGCCGGCGUCCGCGUCAUCGGCAAGGACGACGGCCAGGUCCAGCGGGUGCGGGAGCUUGCAUAGAUAGUCUCAUAGCAGUAUGCAAAUAUCAUGUCUACGUCA